AUGCCUGUCCUCCAAUUCUACAUAAAUCCCAACCAGCUCAGCCUCGCGGAGAAGGAAGAGCUGUCCAAAACGUUGACAGAUUACUACGCACAAUCUAUGCCAGAUUUUUUCGUCGACAUCAUGUUCAACGAGCUUCCACACGACUCAUUCUUCAUUGGUGGCAAACCCACAAAUGGAAAGUUCGUACGCUUCACAGCGGAUCACAUCGCUGUAAACUGGGAUAAGGAAAAGGAUGCCAAGCGAGCGAAAAGGUACCUAAACUGGCUUGGGGGAGUUUUCAAGGAGCGGUUUGAGCCGAAGGGUUGGACUUGGGAGUUCCACGUCACGGAGAGCGACAAAAAAUUGUGGAGAAUUCAGAGUUUGGUUCCGCCGUUGCUGGGAAGCGAGGAGAUGAAACUCUGGGUUGAGGCUGGUAAAGGAGUUCCGUGGGAGGGAAUGGAGAAAUAG